AUGCCAAUACUCACACCGUCCGGCAAGCAAUUCUCGCUCCACAAGCUGAUGGCCAUGUCGACAAUGCUAUCUCCCAGCCACAAUGCACAUUUCAAACCCCUAGUGCAAGCUGGUGGAGGGGAGGUCGCUGAGAGUCCCCAGCAUCAACUCUAUCUGUCUCACGACACCCAGGAACAUUUACGACGUGUCUAUGAUGGCUUGCGAGACGGGGAAGAAUAUCUGUCCCGGGUCAGAUUCGAUGCGUGGCUCACUGCUGUGCAAAACCACUCAAUCCCCGACCUUGAUAAAGACGAAUACAAGUUCGAGCAAUUUUUGGAGGCGGUCUACUAUAGUUGGGGUUUUGAGGUUACGAAGCCCCCCAAGCGCGAUGAGAAGGACACGACCAAGCCGAUCAGUAAUUACUAUAUCAGCAGCAGCCACAAUACAUAUCUGAUGGGGAAUCAAUUAUCCUCUAAGAGCUCUACGGAGGCAUAUAAAAAUGUCCUUAUCCGUGGAUGCCGCUGCAUCGAGAUCGAUGUACACAAUGGAGAACCCCUAGAAUCAAAGACCCCCGAAAUUGGUUCUCCUCCCAAGAACGACCAUAAACGGCACAUCUCGGGCAGCACAUUAUCCAGCAAAGCGGCACAUGCUCUAGAACGAGCCGAGGAGAAAUAUGAUAGUACGAAGCAAAAAAUUAAGGAGAAGACUGGGUUGGGAAAAGAGAAUCCAGCUGCAGAAGAACGGGGACGAGCCUUAACAACGGAUUUAUUGACCGCUGAACAAUCGGAGGAGCGAUCGGCUUCUGUACGAUCUGCAAGGAGUGGAGAACCUCUCGUCUUGCAUGGCUGGACCCUGACGGCCCCUGUUGGUUUCCGAGCAGUAUGCAAAUCCAUUCGAGAGACUGCCUUCUUGACGAGCAACCUGCCAAUAAUCAUCAGCCUCGAAGUUCACGCGGAUCGGGACCAGCAGGAGUUAAUGGUCAGUAUAAUGAAGGAGGAAUGGGCUGGGUUACUCGUUGAAGAGCCACAUGAGACAUGCAAUCCAGUUGACAGAGUGCCGCGUCUCGAAGAACUUCUCAAUAAAAUUCUCAUCAAAGUCAAACGAGCCGCUGCGAGCAAGCAGGACACAUCUUCAAGCGGUGCAACUCUUUCUCCUAUGCCGACCCGAAAUGCAGGUGAUUCUGGUCAAUCUGGCUCAGAAGACGAGAAAAGUAGCACAAAGAAAAAGGUCAAAAUUUGCGAAGCCCUCAGCGACCUAGGUAUCUAUACUCACAGCGAGCAUUUCUCCAGCUUCGAGGCGAAGUCGGCCACGAGCCCAUCGCACAUCUAUUCUAUCGGCGAAAAACAGAUCUUGGAACUCCACGAAACCAAGAACACGGAAAUGUUUGGCCAUAACCGGGACUACUUCAUGCGUGCCUAUCCCGCUGGGUUCCGUAUCGAUUCAUCAAAUCUCGACCCGUCUGUGUUCUGGCGAAAGGGCGUCCAGAUGGUUGCUCUCAACUGGCAGAAAUUAGAUGAGGGAAUGAUGCUCAACGAAGGCAUGUUCGCUGGCGAGCAUGGAUGGGUAUUGAAACCUCCGGGAUAUCGCAGCGAUCCUUCGGAACCAAUACAGUUCAAGACCCUAGACUUGAAGAUCACAGUCUAUGCGGGCCAGCAUAUUCCACUGCCCCCUGAGCAGAGCAGCAGUGGCUUCCAUCCGUACGUGAAGUGCGAACUUCAUGUAGAAAAGCAAGACGAGGACGCCAUCGAAGGAGGUAGCCGUGCCAAGGAAGGAGAGUACAAACAAAGGACCCCCUAUAUGAAAGGCGAUCAUCCUGAUUUUGGGCAUGAAGGCAUCGUGCUCUCGUUCCCGGCAAUUCCCAAGGUCGUUGAGCAGUUGAGCUUUGUUAGGUUUAAAGUCGCGGAUGCGAAAUAUGGGAAAGAUGACCUGGCAGCCUGGGCAUGUAUCCGAUUAGACCGCAUCCAGCAAGGUUACCGUUUCAUCCACCUAUUCGAUACCAAGGGACAGGCGACGGCUGGUAUGCUCAUGGUGAAGAUUGAGAAGGAAUUAAAGUAG